AUGGAACUUAGAUCGGUUCGGCAGAGCCGUGCCCGCAACCUCGCUCUCCUCCUGCUCCUCACCUUCGCCGGCGGCAUUGCACCCGCGAGCGGCGCCGACGGGAGGUGGGAGCUCCUGCAGCGCAGCAUAGGGGUGUCGGCGAUGCACAUGCAGCUCCUGCACAACGACCGCGUCAUCAUCUUCGACCGCACCGACUUCGGCCGCUCCAACCUCUCCCUCCCCGGCGGCCGCUGCCGCGUCAACCCGCGGGAGCGCGUGCUCCCUGCCGGGGACUGCACCGCGCACUCCGCCGAGUACGACGUCGCGGCCAACGCGGCGCGCCCGCUCUUCGUCUUCACCGACACCUGGUGCUCCUCGGGCACCGUCGCGCCCGACGGCACGCUCGUCCAGACCGGCGGCUGGAACGACGGCUACCGCAACGCCCGCACCAUGCCCGUGUGCGGCGGCGGCGGCGACGAGAGCUGCGACUGGUCCGAGCAGCAGGACGCGCUCGCCGCCAACCGGUGGUACGCCACCAACCAGAUCCUCCCCGACGGCCGCGCGUUCAUCAUCGGUGGCCGGAGGCAGUUCAGCUACGAGUUCUACCCCAAGGCUGACCCUUCCGAUACCUCUGUCGUCCAGAUUCCAUUUCUUGUACAGACGAGGGAUCCCGAGGAGAACAAUCUUUAUCCGUUCGUACACCUCAACAUAGAUGGCAACCUUUUCAUCUUCGCCAAGAACCGCGCCAUCCUCCUGGACUACAAGAGGAACAAGGUCGUGCGGACGUACCCCGUGCUGGCAGACGGCGACCCCAGGAACUACCCCAGCUCGGGCUCGUCGGUGCUGCUCCCCCUGAAACCCAACCCCAACGAGGCCGAGGUGCUGGUUUGCGGUGGCGCGCCGUCGGGCUCCUACAACUCCACCAAGGGCGGCACCCGCAUCUUCGUCCCGGCGCUCACGACGUGCGGGCGGAUCAAGAUCACCGACUCCUCGCCGGCGUGGGUCAUCGAGACAAUGCCGUCGCCGCGGGUGAUGGGCGACAUGAUCCUGCUGCCGAACGGCGCGGAGGUGGCGAUCAUCAACGGCGCCGCGGACGGCACCGCCGGGUGGGAGGCCGCCAGCACCCCGAACUACGCGCCCGUCAUCUACCGGCCCGACCACUCGCCGGGGGACCGGUUCGAGGAGCAGGCCGCGACGGGCGUCCCGCGGCUGUACCACUCCUCGGUGGUGCUCCUCCGCGACGGCCGCUUGCUGGUGGGCGGCAGCAACCCGCACAUCUACUACAACUUCAGCGACGUGCGGUUCCCCACAGAGCUCAGCCUGGAGGCCUUCUCGCCGGAGUACCUCGACCCGUCCAACGACAUGCUCCGCCCCAGGAUCCUCAACCCGUCCCCGACCGGCGCGGCGGCGAGCGUGACCUACGGGGCGAAUCUGGCGCUGAAGUUCUCGGUCCCCGCAUCCGCGAGGAGGAGGAGACGCGGCGGCGCCGGUGGCGGCGGCGGCCUCGGCGUGGUGUCGGUGACGAUGGUGGCGCCGUCGUUCACGACGCACUCGUUCGCGAUGAACCAGCGGCUGCUGGUCCUCGAGGUGGCCAAGACAGCUGCGGUGCGCGGCCUGGCCGGCACGUACUACGUGUCCGCGACGAUGCCGGCGACGGCUGUCCUGGCGCCGCCGGGGUACUACAUGGUGUUCGUGGUGAACGGGCACAUCCCCAGCGAGGGCAUCUGGGUCCACAUACAGUGA